AUGGGCAAACAGAUGGAUCAAAUGGCGCAUGACGCAAAUUCUGCUAUAGAAACCCUCCAGCAUCGGAUAUCAGGUACGACCAUAUGCGUAUGCCACCUUGAAUAUUAUGACUAUCAAUCUAACUAUGGUAUCUUUCUAGAACUUGAACAUGGCCAGGAACAGCUCCAAAAGAAAAAUCAGGAGCUAGUCAACGUGUACAGGGAUAAAUGCAAGAAACACGCACAGAUGACGAAUCUCUAUAACUUACUGAAGAAUCGUGCCAUUCGGUCUCAAAUCCAAACAGCUGUUUCCGAUACUGUUGCUCAGACACUCAAUUCAUAUGGAGCAGUCGAUAAUACCCAGCACGCUAGCCUAGAUCCACAACGGCCUACAACAAGCCUCACCGUCUCUCGCAUGAGUGAUAUCAAUCAGUAUAACAGGGCAAGCAAUGACCAUGACUCUAGAGUUCCACGGCAACAUAAAGGGGCCUUUAACCAUCGUAAUGGAACCAUGAUGCCUCCUCCCUCUGUGAUACCAGUAUCCCGAGUUGGUAAGUGUCGUUGGUUCGGAAUUUUCCUUUGA